CCAUAGGUAAUUAUAAUAUGCUUCCGUUGCCCAAUUUACUAGGCGAGGGCAACGCGCCUUCGAAUAAACCAGGAUCAGUAGCUGUACAAUAUAUGUCAACCAUUCCACCUUCCGAACUAAGACACACUAAUCAAUCCCGAACUUCAUUCUUUGGAGAUGAUGAUAUUGAUCAUAAUAUAGAUGAGUUGUCGGGUGAUAAUGGCGGGAACACCAAUGCAGCUGGAACUGGCAGUGGUGGGACUACCGCAGGUACAGCUGGAAGUGACAGUACAACAGGAACAGCAGCAGUUACCACAGUAUCCGCCCCAGGUGAACCAAAUGAUGAUACAAGCUCGUCCAAUGGAGACGACAAACCCUCGAAGAAGAGAAAACUGGACGAAUCCAGCAAGGCCAACCUUUCCUUAGAUAUUCCGAAAUACCGCUUAGAAAGAAGUCUCAAGUCAAUCAGUGAUAUCUGGAAAGAAUACGAAUAUGGUCUAAAUGACAAACCACCGUUGAAACUAUUAGAAAUCAAGUAUGGAACGAAAUGGAGAAACGAUACUGAAUCACGUACCUUCCUUCGAAGAAAGAAAAUUUAUGAUGCGAUUGAAAAUGGCAAAGCCAAAGGAUACACUGAAGAUCAAGUCAUUCGGGAAUUAGAAGAAUACCGAAGUUAUGAUCGUAAUGGAACAAUCAAGAAGAAACCACUACUGUGGUUAAAUGCAAACAUGCCCGACAAGUAUGACUCCUAAGUCGUUUUCGCAACCAAACAAAUGUAACUAUUUCUGCUUAUGAAAAAUCACGUGAUUCCAAUUUCCUAAUUUAGACGAAUCAAAAAAAAAUUGUUGAUGCUCAUUGAAAUUAUUUCUAAUGAUGUUUAUCGAUUUGUAUUAUUGCUUAUUUACAAGCUACUCCUUUUGCUAUUACUACCACAAGUCCCCCGGUCUAGAUUGUUGUAUAUUGCUAUUUUGUAACUAUAUUGUACUUUUAAAUAAAUAACACAUACCAGUAAUGACUGAAGACGAUAAGAAAAGACCAGCAUCAGAAGUUGACGCAAAGCCAGUCACUCACCAACCAAAGAAGAAAGUACACAGACGGAAAUACAAGACUAAGGAAGUGGAUUCUACUUCUCCCCUCGGAGUUCUCCAAUACGAAAUUGAAGAAGUGUUGAAAGAACAUAAUCUCACCAAGGACAACAUUUCCAAUGAUAUGAAGUAUGUCUUGAAUGAUCCUGAUGCGGAUGCAAAAUACCACCGUAUAGUUUCCAAUGUCAAGAUCUUAGCAUUGAUUUCCAAUGGUGAUGGGAUAUCUAUCAUCCCCCACCCUGAAGAUUCCACUAAAUCACAGAUUGUUGUUGUUCCGUUUGGAUUACCAGGCGACAUAGGCACCAUCAAAGUGUUCAAGACCCACCCGUUAUAUGUUGAAUCCGAUUUGCUUUCGAUCGAGACCCCUUCCCCUGUACGUAAAGACUCAUUAAUCAACUGUAAAUACUUUGGAAAGUGCUCGGGAUGUCAAUAUCAAAAUGUGGAGUAUGAUCAGCAGUUGAAAUUCAAACGACAAACUAUCAUCAAUGCAUACAAAUACUUUGCUCCUAAGUUGAAUGAACUUGGAGGAUUGCCUAAUGUCGAUAACACCGAGGCAUCACCAUUGCAAUAUGGUUAUCGUACUAAAUUGACACCUCAUUUCAAUGUUCCAUUUAGCAAAAAGGAGUUGGAAUAUAGACCUAACGUAGGAUUUGGUGCCAAGGGUAGACCAACAUGGAGAAAAGAUGGCGAGUUUGGUCCAGAUGGGUCUAUUUUGGAUAUUGAGGAGUGUUUAAUCGGAACUGCUAUAAUUAAUACAGGUAUGAAGAAUGAACGAAGGAAAUUUGAAGGGGAGUUUAAAAAGUAUAAGAAAGGAGCUACCAUUUUACUUAGGGAGGAUACCAAAGUCGUGCAUAAUGAUGAAGAGGUUAAAUUAGGAGAAGGAUCAGUUGAUGAAAAUGGAGUUGUUUCACAUUUGGAAGUUAGUGUUGAAGAAGAAAAUACCAAAUUAGUCAAGACUUGUGUAACCAAUACCAGACAAAUCGUGAAAGAGUAUAUUAAUGGGUACACAUUUGAAUUCUCCGCUGGUGAAUUCUUUCAAAACAACAAUUCUAUCUUACCAAUUGUCACAAACUACGUGAAAUCAAACCUUUCCAUCCCCAACUCCACUCCAGACCAACGUAAUUAUUUGGUAGAUGCAUAUUGUGGAUCUGGAUUGUUUUCAAUAACUUGUUCCAAAAAUGUUUCUAAAGUCAUUGGGGUUGAAGUUUCAGCCGACUCUGUCAAAUUUGCUGAACGUAAUGCUCAAGCUAAUAAUAUCGAAAAUGCAAAAUUUAUAGUUGGUAAAGCCGAAGAAAUAUUUGCCAAUAUUGACACCCCAGCUGACAGAACAUCUGUGAUUUUGGACCCUCCAAGAAAAGGAUGUGAUGAUGUAUUCUUGAAUCAAUUGUCCCUGUACCAUCCCGCAAAAAUCGUGUAUAUCAGUUGUAACGUCCAUUCUCAAGCACGUGAUGUUGAAUGGUUCAUUAAUAAUACCGAGCAUGGUAAAGAUUACUAUGUUGAGAGUAUAAGAGGAUUUGAUUUCUUUCCUCAAACACACCAUGUUGAAAGUGUUGCUGUAUUAGCAUUGAAAUAGAAAUGGCUGCAAAUAGACAUAUCCGAUCCGGAUUAAUCCAACGUAAAUAUCACGC